UGCGCUGGAGGGGAGCAUUGUGUUGUCACCAGCAGAAGGUCUGAUGAGAAUUCCCAGGGUCACACGCUCAUGGGAUAGCAGGCAGCGGUGGCCUCUGUGUCCCAGGCCCUGGCUGGGACAGAGAUGGGGCAUGUUCACUGCUACUCUCUAGCUUGGCCAGGGAAAGGAAAAGAAGGAUCUCUGAGAAAGGACUGAGGUGGAAAUAAACAUUCAGAACUUACUGCUUUCCUCUAACCGGCAUGGAGUUUGUGAAGAAGGAAGAGUGACCUUUUGAAGGUUUGAACAGAAUUGCAUUCUAGGACCUGUUCCUUUCUUGGAACUCUGUGAUUUCUGGUAGAUGAAAGGUGAAAUCCAAUGAUGUAGAGCCAUUGGUGUCUACUGAAGCAGUUUCUGGAGAGAGAGCCAGAGCGACAGCAGAAGAUGUACAGCUGUCAGUGACUAGAUAGAUACCCACUGUUCACUAAGCCUCGGUAGUGGGUUAAUGGUCAGGAAGAGAUGGUCUCAGGUUUAUACAUAAGCACAAUGAAGAAGAAUGACAGCAAGUCUACUACGAGUAUUGACGAGCAAGAUGACAUCUGUGUCCCAGGCUCCAAGGAUCCAGGAGAGCUUCAAAAUAUGUUGGAUGAAGGAGAGUAUGCCCCUUUUGUAUCUCCUCCCAUAUUAGAGAGCAGUUUUAUCCAGGUCAACAGGAGAGGUGAAUCCAUUUACCUUCAUAACCGAGCCAACUGGGUGACUGUAGGCAUCUGCUCUUCCAGUCCCACCCUCAAGACCCCCAACGUGAUGCUGUUGGCACAUCUGACACCUGCCGCCCAGAAAGAUUCAGAGCCCCUUUUUAAAAGUCUUCUGACAUCUCCUUCUCCGGAGAAUCUGGUGCUCACCAGGUUUCUCCCUCUGCAGUUUGUGACUCUUUCUGUGCAUGAUGCUGAGAAUAUGCGCAUCAAAGUAAAGCUGGUGAGUGGCCGAGCCUACUACCUACAGCUCUGUGCCCCUGCAUGCAAACAAGACACCCUAUUCCGUCAGUGGGUGGAACUCAUCUCCCUUUUGAAUGAGGAGAAAGCCAAAGCUUCCAAAGUGUCAGAAGUCUUCAGCCUCUCAGAAAUCAAAAACAGCACAGACAUCACAGGGGCAGUGGACAUCACGGAUACUGCAGCCUUCACAGCUGUACAGACCCCACACCUGUACACAUGUUCAGACCUCGUCAAUGGCAUAGAAAGCAUUGAUUUCUCAGAAUUCACGGACAUCACCGAUGUCACCGAUGUCACAGAUACUCCAGAAAAUGAGGUCACCGAGGCCCCAGAUAUAAGGAUUGUCACAGAAGUCACAGAAGUCACAGACAUCUGCAAUGUCACAGUGGUGUUUGAAAAUGAUGACAUACUCAGGGCCAAGCGGGAGGAAGAGGAAAAAAUGGAAAAUAUUCUGAAGGCUGGUUGUCUACAAUAUACAAAAAUUAAGAAUGAGUUUAGAGAAUCCUCAAAACAUGUCACCAUCUCAAACCUAAUGCUAACUUUCGAAGGUGAAAGAUAUUUUCAAACUACCUUGACUCCAGAAGAAGGUGAGACAAAUAAAUCCAAAGAGAUGAGCGAUAGGCCCUCUGAAAUAAGGCCAACAGACUCUAAAAGCACGGCUCUCAAGGCUGAAGAAUCCAGGAGCAGGAGAACUGAUUCAGACACUUCAGGAUUGUACAGUUUUUCAAUGUUCCCUCUGAUUAGCAUUUCUUUCCCCCUUAUCACACUCUUCUGAAUCACUUCUUUUUUCCCCUUUCACACUCAACACUCUUCACCCCAAGAAAAGCAAAGAUUAGUAGAAUUUUAAUCCCUUGUCCCAUUGAAUUUAGACUGAAUGUAGACGGAAAGUGAGUUUGUAAAUCUGAUUUCUAUUCUAGGCAGGAGCCAGAAUAAUAACUGCUCCCACGGCAGUAAAACAAAUCACUGUUUCUAUUAACCCCAUCAGAUUCACAUUCACACAACUCCUGGGCAGGGCUAGUUGGGGACCAUGGUCUCCAAUUCAUCUCUCCAACCUCUCAGCAGUUUGAAAGAAUGACAUUUCUUCUCCUUUUUGAGUAAGGUUUUGGGUAAAGUGGCACUGCAAAUGUACUGUUUUUAUGAAAAGGCUACAAGGCAGGGCCCAGGCUAAACCCAUCUUCUCUGGAUCUGGGUCCAUCUUUCUCCUUUAUUGACUUUCAAUUUCUUACCUUUCUAAGCUUUAUUCUCCUUAACUUUGCUGAUUUCUUUACAGUGAGCCCAAACAAUAGGUUUAUCUAUAAUCCCGUGUUAUUUUUCCAAGAUGGAAAGAAAUGAGACAAAGGAUAGAGAUUCAAGAAAUAAGAAAAAGAGGGCUUCCCUGGUGGCGCAGUGGUUGAGAGUCCGCCUGCCGAUGCAGGGGACACGGGUUUGUGCCCCCAAACCCGGUCCAGGACAAUCCCACAUGCCGCGGAGAGGCUGGGCCCGUGAGCCGUGGCCGCUGAGCCUGCGCGUCCGGAGCCUGUGCUCCGCAACGGGAGAGGCCAGAACAGUGAGAGGCCCGCGAACCACCACCCCCCCGCCACCCCCCGCCCCGGCAAAAAAGAAAGAGGGAACUCAUUUAAGAAAUACUGAGAGUCCUCCCCUCCCCCACCCAUCUUUCUUUUCCACUUUCCUCUUAACUACCGCAAAUCAAACCCUUGGAAUCCUAAGCAGCCAGGUUCAUUCUCUGUUUAUGAAACCAGGGCUAAAAAGAAAAAGAGUGGGAGAAACUGUGAAAUUUAACAAUGGGCUCCAUCGGAAAGAAUAAAGACAUUUUUGAUGAGACAUUUUGGAACAUCAUUUGAAUUUAAGACUCAAAUUUAAGUUCUCUCUACUUCUGUGACAUUUUUCUCUCCUGUUUUUGGCUUUUUUCUCUCCUCACUUCCUCUCUCUCUCUAGUGAUCUCUCUUCCACCUUGUCCCAGUAUUUUCUGGCUCUCUCCUCUCCUGUCAAAUCCUCUUCUAAUUUCCUCAGU